GGGGUAUUUAAAAUAUAUAGCUUCAGGCUAGUACAAACUGUCCAUCAGUAGUAAGUUCACAAGCUGUUGCAAUAAUGGUUACAUCUAAAAUUAUUCUUUUAGGACUUGUAUUUUGUCUCACAUUGAGUCAAUCAUUCCAAGCCAGAGGUGGGAAUCAAGCUCUUCGUAAACAGUUUCAGCUUCUAGCUCUCCAGAAAUACGCCUCGGACCGCGGUAUUGAACCACCUUCUCAGAAUGACACCAAUCCGCUGGCUACUAUCAAACAGCGACUGCAACAAAAAGCUUUAAGCGACUAUGCUCAGAAGCUUGGGCUUUCCACGUCGACCACUGCCACAACAGCCACAACAGAGUCUACGUCAACUGCAGCAACAACUACCAGUGCGACAACGGCAACCACGGCAUCAACUACUGCGGCAGCAACAACGACGACAUCAACUACUGCGUCCACAACAACGACAACAUCAACUACCGCAGCGACAAAUACAUCCACCGCGGCAACUAACUCAACUGCAGAGGGCAAAUGAACGAAAAAAUAAAGAUUUAAAUUAUUUUCUUUCUGAAUAGAAAA